UACGAUAUAAAGAAGAGGCAGAAGAAAGAUAGACGAAACCAAUCAAAACUUAAAGCCAAAACCCCCCUCUAUUGUCGCCAGAUAAAGAGAAGGGAGGCGUCUGAAAGAACGAUCGGAAAAAGAAAAGGAAUUGGUAGUAAGGAAAAGAAGGGAUUUGUCCUGGAUUUGAUUGCAGAUUUCCUGGCAAGACCAUCUCGAAUACCGCUGUAACAUCCAGACCUUCGUUUUCUUUGUCUUUUUCUCUUGCGCAAUUUUCUUUGAUUUCUUCUCUUCUGGUUUGCUUUUUUCCCCUUACCCUGAGACAAAAACGAUUCUUUCUUUCUUCUUGAUCGUUCUCCGAUCGGUUUAUCGGGAUCGGAUUUAAAGCGUUUCUCUGCUUGCAACCUGGAUCAUGAUCGGGUCGUGGGAAUUGAUCAUGGCGGCGUCCGAUCGGUUAGGGUUUGUUUUGGGUUUAGAAGGAAUUGGAGCUGUGGGAUGGAUGAGGUUGCGAUGUCUCGGAUCGGGGGUAAAGAGUUGAAUUUUGGGCAGUUUUGGAUCUGGUUAUGGUAAGGCGUCGGGAUUGGAACCCAUUUCUUAUGGAAUGGGUUUAUUUCAUGAUUUUCCCAAACACGUGAAAAUAUUUUUGUAUCUGGCAGAUUCUGUAAAGUUAAAAAAAAAAAACAUUUUUUUCGUAGAACUUUUCAGUGCCUUCUUGAAAAAACCACGCCAUCGGUCAGGUUAUUUGGAUUUACGUUCACUUGCUCAAGAAACAUAACCUAUGGUUUCCAAAAUUAUGGAAAAUUUAUGGAUUCUUUGACAAUGGGCCUUUAUCAUCUGAUCGACGACUUAUAAUUAUGUAUUUUCUGGUUGGCAAUGAUACUAAGUUGUGUUAAAUAUGACAAUUGCCCUUGUUCCACAAUUUAAGUGCAGGCUUAGGACUUGUUCGUGAAUUGUGGAGCAUAACUUAGUCUAUUAGUGGUUCGUUCGAAAGCUGUAAUUUCUGGGAGCUAUAUAUGAGACAUUGGAUUUUUUGUUGCAUGCUUUCUAAGAGUUUCUUAUUGUUUGCGGAUUCUGCUAUACCAUAAUCCUCUUGCUACAAGGGAUAAGGACCACCAUCUUGAAAGAUACAAAGAAGUUUGGUAAUCAAGAGUGACCACUGUGGACAAAUCCAAGCCUUCUUUCCUGUGUUAACGGGAUGACAGAUCUGAAAGCAAGUAUUACAGUGUUUACAGAUAUGACUGUUUUACACAAGGAAUUGGAUGAGACUUCAUGCCCUAUUUGUAUGGAAUAUCCCCAUAAUGCUGUUCUUCUUAUAUGCCGCUCUCAUGAGAAAGGCUGCAGGUCGUACAUUUGUGACACAAGUUAUAGGCACUCCAAUUGUCUAGACCGCUAUAGAAAACUUGUAGCAAAUAAUAAUAAGACUUCUCAAACUGGUUUGUUGGCCCCUGAGAAUGCUCACACGGGAAGUGCUCCCACACCAAGUCCAGUGAUGGGAAGAAACUUGGUUGAGACCAAUGAAGAAAACAAUAUGGUAGAAAAUACUGAUGGGAUCUCCAUCAGCUUAUUUGAAAGGUUGGAAGAAAAUAAUAGUAAUCAAGUGCAUGAGACAACUAUGGAAGGUCAUGGUGAAGAAAGGCAAGGACAGGAGGAAUCUGGUGGGAUUGAGACCUCCGAAUCAAACUCUCUGAAGUGUCCCCUUUGUCGAGGUGCUGUGUUGGGUUGGACGAUUGUCAAAGAGGCAAGACAGUAUCUGGACCAGAAGCCAAGGAGUUGUACCAGGGAAUCAUGCUCAUUUUCUGGAAACUAUAAGGAGCUUCGCAGACAUGCCAGGAGAAUCCACCCUACCACGAGGCCUGCUGAUGUUGAUCCAUCACGACAGCGUGCCUGGCGCCGCAUGGAACAUCAACGGGAGUAUGACGACACCCUCAGUGCUAUAAGAUCAGCAAUGCCUGGUGCAACUGUGAUAGGAGACUAUGUCAUUGAUAGCGGAGAUGGUCUGUUACAUGACGGAGAAAGAAAUGGAUCAGGUGAACGUGCUCGACCAUGGUGGACUACUUUUUUUCUUUUUCAUGUGGUCAGAAGCCCAAUCGAGUCCCUUGAUGAGCCAAGGGGCUCAUCUCGAGCUUGGCGUAGACAUCGACGUUUGGGACACCAUAACCUAUGGGGUGAGAACCUCAUGGGUGUGCAAGAUGUUGAUGAAGAUAGCACAGGUGAUGAUGCUCAAGUACCAAGGAGGCGUCGGAGGUUCCUGAGAACGAGACCAGACGAGGAUCAGCCAUGAGAUGCUUAUUUUCCUGUUGAGGCUGUUGCAUUAACUGGAUCACAAAUUCUGGAGCUUCAAAUCGAUUGAUGUCAAGCCUCGAAUGGCUGGUCAGAAAUGAUGUCAAGACUAGAAUGACUGGUCAGAAAUGGUUCUGUUCAUGUAGACGUUCUGAAUAUGAUUUAUGUGCCUUGUUGUAAUUGCAUCGAUCCAUAUGGAUCAUGAAGCUGAAGAGGCCUUGUGGCUGCGAGGGAGCAUGAUCUGAGAUACCUGCAUUCUCUUGUUUGUUGUUUAUUAUCGAAAUCUUAAGAGUUCCAUGUGAAAGACUUGGUGGUUUUAAUCAAAAUGUACAUAGUUUGAUUC